CGUAGAGACAACCCAAAUCAUACACCACCUUCCCCUAUAAAAAAAAAAUUAAUAUCGCAACUUCUCUCUCCAAUCAACUUAAGAUAUAUUACGAUCCAAAUCCGCCAUUAGCUAGAAGAUAUUAAAAAUACUGAAAACCACAAUGGAGAUGAAUACAAACCAAAACAACAUUUCUUCGAGGGACAUCCCUGUCAUUGAUCUAAGUAACCACGACGAAGAGCUUGUGGCACGUGCGGUUGUCAAAGCGAGCGAAGAGUGGGGGAUUUUUCAGGUGGUCAACCACGGAAUCCCGACGGAGCUGAUACGGCGGUUGCAAGAAGCGGGGAAGGAGUUUUUCGAGCUUCCCGAGACAGAGAAGGAGGCCGUAGCGAAGCCAAAGGACUCCAUGGACACAGAAGGAUACAGAACCAAGUACCAAAAAGAUAUGGAAGGAAGAGACCCAUGGGUUGAUCAUCUCUUUCACCGCAUCUGGCCACCCUCCAGAGUCAGUCACAGAUUCUGGCCUAAGAGUCCUCCAGAGUACAUUAAAGUGAAUGAGGAGUACGCAACUCACAUUAAGAAGCUAUCCGAAAAACUCAUGGAGUGGCUAUCAGAGGGAUUAGGGUUAAAGCGUGAGGCCUUGAAGGAAGGUCUAGGCGGCGAGACGGUGGAGUAUCUGAUGAAGAUUAAUUACUAUCCGCCGUGUCCAGAUCCUGAUAUGGUCGUGGGGGCUCCGGAUCACACUGACGUCAAUGGGAUCACACUCUUGGUCGCUAAUGAGGCUUUAGGACUUCAGGCUUUCAAAGAUGACCACUGGAUCGACGCAAAGUAUAUCACUUCUGGGAUCAUCGUCAUCAUUGGUGAUCAAUUCCUUAGGAUGAGCAACGGGAAGUAUAAGAGUGUGGUGCAUAGAGCGACGAUGGAUAAGGAGAAGACAAGAAUCUCGUGGCCGGUUUUUCUGGAAUCUAGCCUUGAUCACGUUUUCGGACCUUUGCCGGAGCUAACUACCGACGAUGAGAGCGUUCCCAAGUUUAAGCCUUAUGUCUACAAAGACUUCAAAUUUCGAAAGCUUAAGAAGCUUAGUCUCGACUGAGAUUAAAAAAUAUCUGCAUAAUUACAGAGAAACAGAUGAUCGAGAGAGAUCAUGAAGAAGACUUGUUUGUUUUGUUGGGUUUAUUGCGUCUGCUUCAAUAAUGAGUGCUGGAGUUUUAUCUACUUAUCAAAUUACAGCAUUGUGUCAUUUGUGUGUGUAUGUCAUUUGUCAUGUGUGUUUACUGUUUAUUUAAUUUGAUACUGUAUGAUUUUUUAAUAAUUUUUGUAGUUGUUGGGCAAAGCGUAAUUUAAUAUGAUUAAACUUGGAUUGUAACGUUUUAA